AUGUUAUCCGAGGAAAUGAAUUGACCCCAAAACUAGUAUAACCAAAUUUUCUCUAACACCUUGGCUUUGUGUUCAACAGUAAGCUAUAAUUGCCAUGCAAAAGCUUCUAAAAUGGCAGGUUUUUAUCUUUGUCUACCAAGUCAUGAGGAUAAAUGCUGAAGUAUGCCAUGAGACCAUGGAUGUCAUCAUCAUUCUCGACGGGUCUGGAAGCGUUACWCAGCCCAACUGGUUCAAGAGCUUGCAGUUUAGCGCUAAUCUUUCCUCGGAGAUCCUCGCUUUAAAUCCAAGAAACAAAAUUGGUAUUGUAGAAUACAGCCAAGUUGCACGAGAAGCUAUCCCACUUACAAGCAACAGCCAGAAAAUAGAAAAUGGAAUCAAAAGACUUUCAACCCAGUACCAGAAUGGAAUCACAAGAACAGAAUUAGCCUUGGACGAAGCCAUCAGGAUGUUUAAAUUGGAAAGUUUGAAUGAUGAGAAUAGAGUCCUCAUCAUCGUAACUGAUGGCAGGACCACGCCUUUGGAAGGAGUACCAGGGAAGAAGCUACUUGCUGAUCCAAUCACUACGCUUAAAAUCAUGAAGAUUCAUAUUAUCGCUGUUGGUGUAACUCAGAAAGUCAAUGAUGAAGAGCUCAACAUGAUAGCGUCUUCCGGUGAAGAUGUUCUAAAACUGGACGGUUUUGUUGAUCUCUUGAAAAAAGUCAAGCAAAUUACCAAAAUGGCAAAUUGUCCGACACCAGCACCAACGACAAAACCUACGACUGAACGACCGUCUACMCCUCCUAUACCGACCACUCAACCAACAACACCAAGUACAGAACCACCUAUCCCUCCUAUACCGACCACUCAACCAACAACACCAACACCAACAACUCCAUCUCCUACAACACCCAGAACUCCACCACCAGCAAGUUGUGRCGCCCCUUACCACAAGAUUGGGUGCUUCCACGACAAAGGAGGAGAUAUUGCUCGUCGUCCGUUACCMGAGCUGUUGUUUACAGACAGAGAUCCCGUGUCGGCAUAUUACUCGGGCAUCUCAGUUGACUGGAAGAAUUGGAACAGUUACCUUAAAAACCUUGUUUGUCGAUGUUCUAAAGCUGCUAGUGCCAAGGGUUAUAGUUUCUUUGGGAUUCAAUUCCACGGGGAGUGUCGGUCAGGUGAGAAUGCAGGAGAGACUUACAAAUCUGACGGCUUAUCAUCGAAAUGUGUAAAUACCCAGUAUAARCCUUGCUCAAAUGGUGAUCAGAUUGAAUGCGCUGGUGAGGAKGGCACGAACUUUAUCUAUGGAUUGGACAUACCAAACAACGAGGACAAGUGUAGCGUUCCAUUUCAUAAACAUGGAUGUUUUAAAGACGACAUGGUAGAACCCCGACCUUUGCCAAAUCUGAUUCUAAACGAACGAAACUCGAUUCCCUGGGGAGAAUGGGACACAUAUAUGCCUCAGCUGGUCUGCAGAUGCGCUCAAAAGGCUUCAGAACUACAGUAUAAGUACUUCAGUAUACAGUUUUAUGGUGAAUGUUGGGCAGGAAGUCYAGAAGCCAAGUUCAGUCGAUCUGGAUCAACAGACACAUGCGUAACAAAAGGCUACAAGGAAUGCUCGUCAAACAYAGAAGACAACCAGCUAUGUGUUGGAAAAAAGGAAACUAACUAUGUGUAUGCCCUUAAGUCAAAAYACGAAACAACAUGUGACGUGAAGUAUCAACGAGUUGGCUGUUUUAAUGAUAACCAAUCAAUUCCAAGACCUCUGCCAAACCUUCUGUUCACAAACCGGAAAGAAACCAGCCCUCAACACUAUUCUGGYCACGAUGUAAACUUGGGCAACUUUAACGAAUACAUUCGUGAAUUUGUCUGCAGCUGUGCUCGUGCAACAAUGAAUAUGAAAAUGUUUUAUUUUGGCUUGCAAAACUACGGAGACUGCAUGUCAGGACCUGAGAGCGCUGCUACGUACAGCAUUAAUGGAAAAUCGACCAAUUGUGUGACAGAUAACUUCGCACCUUGUUUUCCAAACUCUACCGAUUGCGUAGGCAAAGAAAACACCAACAGUGUUUAUAGAGUUUUCUUCUCAUAAGAUAUCACGACUGUUGAGGAAACUCUUGCAUCUGAUAGGCCGUUUCAGCAAUCAGUAUGACCAAUGGUAGAGGUCACCUAGCGGAAAAGGAAAGCAAUUUGUGCUUCCCCUUCAUUAAUAGCUAGUCCCAAAAUCGCCUUGGUUACUGAUGGUUGCUAAGGCUCAUUGGGGUACCAAGGUUACACCUGAUCAAUGUCGCAAUGCGAUUCUUCAAGAAAUAUCUCUUAAUUUGUGAAGGUCACAAUUUGCUUGCAGUUGUAAAGUUUAAAUAUGCUAUAGAUUAGACUAAUAAAUAUAGGGAACAUUAUUCCUAAAGAUGCAUGGUAAGCUUAUAGAUACAUAAAUAAGUUAAGGAAAUGAAAYGUUUAAGAACAAUGACUAAAUAAAAAUUGUGGUAAUUUAUUCAGAAUCUAAAUUUCAUAUAACCAAAGAAUUAACAUCCGAAAAACAAAUAUUGUUCUUCUUACGAGAGUUUACGUCUUCAYUGUGCAAUGUGAACUCUUACGUAAUUCCUCUAAUUGGCCAAUCACAGCUGAUAUAAGCCUUUACUCUCAGACAUCCUAAAUGAACCAUUAAAAAUCUUUAUAAAAGUUAGUCAGAA